AUGGAAAGGAAGAUUAAUAGGGGCAGACAAAAGAUCGAAAUGAAGUUAGUUGGGUCUGAAAAAGCACGCAUUAUCACCUUUUCGAAAAGAAAAAUGAGCUUGUUCAAGAACGUAGAUGAGCUUUCCGCUAUGACCGGAGUAGAUGGUGGUGCUCUUCUCUUUUCACCUAGUGGAAAAGCACAUUACCAUGGCUCCACUAGCAUAGAAAAAUUAACAAAUAAGUUUCUAGAAUGGAAACGAGAUAAUCUCCAAAUUAGUGAUCAAGCUAAUGUGGGAAAAUCAAAUGUCUUUCACGCAUUUGAUGAUCUCCAUGAAGAAUUACAAAUACUGAAUGAGCUAGAAAAAAGAGAUUGA